AUGGACAAUUUAAUAGCAGAUGUAUCAGACAUUGACUUUAUCAUUGAGAGCCAACUAGAAAAUCAAAUUGGAUUGGGAUGUUUGCCUUUCUCAAAUAUGAACAAGUCCGGUGCUGGCGUUUGUCGUUUUUUUAUUAUUAAUCAAUGUCCCCUUAAUAAUUUAUGUCCUUUGAGACAUAUCAAAGCUGACAGGACAGUCGUAUGCAAGCAUUGGCUUCGUGGAUUGUGCAAAAAAGGUGAUGACUGCGAGUUCCUACACGAAUAUGAUAUGACUAAAAUGCCAGAAUGUUACUUCUUUUCGAAAUUCGGAGAGUGUAUGAAUAAAGAAUGUCCAUUUCUUCAUAUUGACCCUGCUUCUAAGGUACAGGAUUGCCCUUGGUAUGAUAGAGGGUUUUGCAGAAACGGUCCUUUGUGCCGAAAUCGACAUGUCAGACGAGUAGCGUGCAAAAACUACAUAAAUGGUUUUUGUCCUAAAGGACGUGAAUGUAAAUAUGCGCAUCCUAUAUGGUGGCCCCUUCCAGGAAGUGAUCAAGAUACACAGAAAAGCCGCUGGAUAUGUCAUUACUGCAAUGAACGUGGGCACAAAAUACAAUUUUGCCUCAAACUAUCACCUGAGGAACGUCUUCGACUACAGGAGCAGCAGCGAAUGCAGAAUAUUAGCACUGGCGGCGCAGCGUUGCCUCAACAAGGUGUUAAUCCCGGAUCUCGGUUUGUUUCGGAACGUCUCAAGUUCGGUGGUCUUAUGGGGACCUCACAGGCUGCUCCUACCGGACCUCGACAAGGCCCACAAAAACCACUUGACGAAGUAACAUGUUUUAAAUGUGGAGAGAAAGGACAUUAUGCGAAUCGAUGCAACAAAGGCUAUUUAGCAUUUCUCAGCAAGGUUUCACUACAACCCCAUGAAAUGGAGAGUGCUCGUGGCUGA